CAGUGUGAAGUAAUAACUGACACAAUAUUGUGUAAGUUAUUGUUUAAACCAGUGAUUUCAUGAAAAAUGCUGAAGCUCCUGCUAUCGUUAUGUGCACUUUCUAUCGGAUUGUGUUACGCAACACCGAGCUGUCAUGAAUUACAAAAAUCGCAGUUGGCAUCUCUGAACGAACGAAUCACUCAAAUGCUUAGUUCACUUUACACAUCACCAAAAACGCAGUCUACAACGACAACAGCAGAAACCGCACCGAACGCCACGCCAACAGAUGAAUAUGCGAGCACUCCAUACGACGCCUCUUAUUAUCCCUACCAACCAGCGUAUGCGGUGCCGGCGCCUCAGGUGAUAUACGUAUCCCCACCACAUGCGGCUCCAUAUCCAUUUUACCCACAACCCCCUAAGCCGAGCGUACCAACACCACCGAGUCCCUAUUAUCAUUUAGAAUCAGCCGUACAACCAUUAGAUCCAUAUCGAGUAGUCGCUUCAGUUCCACCGAAAUCACCCGUGUCUCAUUAUUAUGAACGUUAUCAAUACCCGCCUUCUGUGCAAUAUCCGCCUUCUGUGCAAUACCCACCUUCUGUGCAAUAUCCUCCACCUCCGCCAUAUGCGCCAACUCCCUAUCCACCAGCGCAGCCAUUAUCGUAUCCGUAUUCCUGGGAAUACAGUACUCCGUAUCCCGAAUAUCCUACAGUACCAUCAUAUAUACCUAAGCCCGUUUAUUCGGCUCCCGCUCCCGUUCCUCCGCCAUCAUAUCAACCUCCUCCGGCGUGUCCUCCACCCAUGCCUUACCCCCCAGCACCGUAUUAUCCAAAGCAAUAUGAAUUGCAACCGCCCCCAUACUAUGUCUAAUGAAAAAUAAAAUUAGACAUAUAAUUCGAAAUUGCUAUAAAUUAAGCUAGCUAAGUUCAAUGUAGAAAAAAUAUUAUUAAAUUAUUAUUAAUGUAGAAAUAUUAUUUAUUAAUGUAAUAUAAAUAAUAAAAAGUAUACAUUUAAUUUCAUUUUAUAAAUAUAUUUGUUCCUCAAUAACAAGAUAUUUGUUAAAUACGUUUGCAAAAGUGUAAAUGAUUAUGAUUUAAUAAAUGCGAUCUUGUUAA